UGAACUUAAAUCAAGAGAAUAUUAUUAAGACACUGUUACAUGAAAAAAACAAUAACGCACCUUUAGUAAAUAUCUGCGAUUUAUAUGAAGAAAACUUAAAUAGGAACACUGCUGCAGUAAAGGUUUAUGACAAGGAAGAUGAAGAAAGAAUGUUUAAUAAUAAAUUAGAAAAAAUGUUACCAAAUAUGACUGAUAAAAACGAUGUUACAAUCGAUCCGGUUACUCCUGCUAUAUUUCGUAAUGAUUUUUUUACUGACUUUUGUAACUUAAGGUCAGAAGACAUUCAUGCGACAAAUAUGGAUAAUAACUCUAAUAGUCAAAGCAACAGUGAUACCGCACAGAAUAUUCUUGACAAUAUUCCCAUAUCAGAGCCUAUUGUUGAUAAGAAGCCACUCACAAAACAUUUCCCUUCACCAGUUAAUAUUGAACCAAUACUUUCCAGGUGGCAAACUCAACCACCAUUAUUCAAUCCAUCAAGUUCACAAUUUGUCUAUGCACCAAAUCCAACUGAAUCUACAAUUCCAUCUACAAGUUCCUGCUUUCCGGAAAGCGUAUUUGAAACUAGCGCAAGCAGCGGUUCUCGUGCAACCUCUUUGACUUCUUCAUCUGAUCUAAGUUCUUCAAAAGAAUCAAUUUACAAUAGUGAUACAAGUCGUACGCUCGCAACUGAGUCAGAUGAGAAAGAUGGUACAAUGGAUUUGUCAGAAGAAGAAGAAACCGUUGCAGAUUCAGAGGAAAGCGAUUUCUUAGAGGGACAGCAUUCUCAAAAUGAAACUGCAGAAGGCAUGUGGUUACGAAUAUAUAAACAGCAAGUGAAACAAAUUACGGAUUAUGUAGAAUUGUGUAAUAGGAGUGGAAAUGCACAAAAAUAAUUUAACAUUAGCACUAAGAAAUCGUUUCGCAGUAUCUGCAUAUAGCAAGAGUUAAAUAUGCAGUAAUAGCUAGGUGAUUUACAUUCUAAAAUAAGAAUUAAUAUAUUUCAAGAAUAAUUAAAGCGCAACUUAAAACUAAUAUUUUAAGUGAACUAAUCAAUAUUGUAUUGAUAACUCUGUGAAAUGACGAUCUUCAUUUUAUAAUAUUUUUCUUUCGUACUUAUUGUUCGCAUAAACUGAAAUUCAAUUUUUAUCUACAAUUAGUUAUCUAGUUGUAAUAUAAAUUAUAGACUGCAGUUGCUAUUUAACCUUUAAUUGAUAAAACAACCUAAGUA